CGCGUGGGGCUGCCGGUUUCCGUGGAGACGGCGAGGGCCGGCCGCGUCCAUGGAGCCGAGGCUCGUCGGGCCCGGGCCCUACCGCGCCACCCGGCUGUGGAACGAGAUAAUAGAACUUUUUCGUGCUGGGAUGCCUUUACGGAAGCAUCGGUGUCACUUCAAAAGCUACGAGCGUUGCUUCAAAGCCUCGGAGGCAGUGGACUGUUUACAUGAACUGCUUGGCUCUAAUCAAAACUUUGGCCCAGAAGUGACUCGCAAUCAAACGGUUAAGCUUCUUAAAAAAUUCCUGAAAAAUCACGUUAUUGAAGAUAUUAAAGGAAGAUGGGGCAAAGAGGACUUUCAAGAUGAUGGCCAUUUAUAUAGAUUUCCUCCUUCUUCACCGCUGAAGCCAUAUCCAAAGAAACCUUCAUGUGGAAAGGAAGUAAUUAAAUUUCCAGACUGGAAUGAACCGAAGGCUGGCACUUCCCAAGAUCACAUCCCAGUGAAAUCAGUCACAAUGAACUCUGAGAUGUGGUACAAGCGACACAGUAUAGCUAUAGGGGAAGUACCAGCAUGCAAACUUGUAUUCCGCAGAGAGCUAACACAAACAAAUAUAGAAGAGAUAUGGAAAUCCAUGACUUUGUCACAAUUACAAAAGGUCUUGGGUUUGGAUUCUCUGGACGAAGUGUUAGACCCCAAACUUGUGAAUUCAAAGCACAUAGUCCAAAAUGCAUACAAUGUCAAUAAGCAAGGCAUUGUUACUUUGGAAGACAAAUCAAAGGAACUACCUCACUGGAUAUUAUCAGCAAUGAAAUGUCUAGCAAAUUGGCCCAGCUGUUCAGAUUUGAAGCAGCCUACAUACUCAGGAUUUGAAAGAGAUGUCUUCAAAACCAUAGUGGAGUACUUUGGCCAGAUGAAAGAACCUCUUCUCACAUUUCAUUUUUUUGAUGUUUUUGUUAGUGUUUUAGGUCUGCUACAAAAACACAGCAAGGCUGUAGAAGCUCUUCAGAUAUCUUGUCUCCUGCUGCCGCCAGAAAAUCGGAAAAGACUGCAGCUGUUGGUGAGGAUGAUGGUGAGAAUUAGUUUUAACAAUGAUUUGCCGCCUCUUUCUGAAUCAGUGAGGACCAGAAACUUGAUGGUUCAGGCAUUUUCCCGUUGUAUCCUCUGCUCAAAGGAUGAGAUGGACUUGGAUGAACUGCUUGCUGCUAAACUAGUAUCUUUUCUCAUGGACAAUUAUCAAGAGAUCUUAAGUGUUCCUUCUGCCUUAAAAUCUUCUAUAGAGGAACACGUUGUACAUCUCCAGAAAGUCCAAAUAAAAUAUGCUGGAGCUGUUACUGAAGCAACUUUUCCUUCUCCAUCAUUUUGUCACCAAAUCAGUACAGAUGAAUUUGAGUACCAAAGGGCAACUGGCUCUCAAGAACCACUGGCAGCUUUAUUGGAAGAAAUUGCAAUGAAUAAAGAAAUAUCUGUGAAAGAUAAGAAGAAGCAGCUCAAGCAAUUUCAGAAAUCUUACCCUGAAGUGUAUAGAGUACGAUUUCCUACCCCUGAAACUGAAGCCAUGCUAUUUCCAGAAAAAACUAAACAGAAACCACCAAUACUGAUGUGGGCCUUAAAAAAGCCUUUUCAACCAUUUCACAGAACCAGAAGCUUUCGGAUGUAAACGGUUUGAAAUGUAUCAAUGAACUGAGUCAGAGAAUAUUAUCAAUGGAUCUUAUGCAAAAGGAACCUGAGCAGCAUGUAUUUACUCAAAAAACUACUGGAGAUACUGCUGAGAUGGUAGAAAAGGUCAGAAGAAGAAAGUAUUGAGGUGGUAGAAAUGUGAGCCAUUAUCAGUAUUUUUGUAAAUCAUUAUUUUUUAAAUGUCUGUUACUUAAAAAAACCAACAAACACAACAACAACAACAGCAAACCACACCAAAACCCCCCAACAACAAACUCAAGCUGAUUAAUCUACAUGGGUGAUAAACUACACUUGCCGUAGUUUGAUUUGACCAUCAUUUCAAGGUCUAAAUACAUUUAUGUGUAAUGUAUUGUUGGUAACUAGUCUACAGCUUUUUUUUUUCCCUGAAAAUAAGUCUCUUGCAUAAACUAGGCUGUGUUUGUUCACAUAGAGCUUGAGGAAUUAAUUUGCUGUACGUGCUUGAAUAAAUAUGAAACACUGGAUUUUGUUUUUGCUGUUGUACAACUUAGUGUUCUUGAUAUGUAAGAUUUAUUUUGGAAAACUGUAAAAACUCAUUCUUAAUUUCCAAUUCAUAUGAUGCAUUACAGUUUGAAUCAACUCCUGUUGAAAUUCCAUUGACCUCUGUAGUGCUGACCCAUUCUUUUAAGCAAGCUGGUCUUUUAAGUCUUUUCCCAUAUGCUGUUACUAAAUAUUGCCAUACAAAACUCUAUGCUUGACAAUAGAACAUAUUUUAUCAGAAAAAUCUGAAGCCUUGCAUUUCCUCUGGAAAUGGAAUUCAAAUAUUGAAGUGACAUUGAAGCACAUAUAUCUUUAAUGAUUUCAUUUGUUUUGCAUUAUGAAAUACUGUACCUGUAACUUGACUGUGCAUAUAACAUACUUGAUUCUGACAGCACUUUUGAGCUAUUAAAGCAUUGCCAUUUUCCCCGUUUACUUAGAGUGGUGAUUUCAUGUUAUCCAUUAGAGAUUUAAAGAGCAGCAUUUCAUACCUUAUUGAAUGUCAGAGCAGUCUAUACAGGAGAGAAGACAGCUGACAUCUCAAAAAUUUCUACCUGACAUUUUAGUAAGCAACAUGGUGACUAUCCUGUAAUGCAACAUUGACAGUGUUUUCACUUUGCUAACCUCCUAACCAGUGAAUAAG